AUGUUCGGGGCUCCCCAGAGCCGGGAGGAGCCGGCGCAUCCCGGCCGGGCUGGCUGGGAAGGGGCUCUGGCUUCUCCCCGCAGGUCUCUGGAGCCCCUGGAGCCCGAGGGUCCCUCCCCUGCCAUGCUCAGCACGUUCCUGUCCCCCGUGGCCAGCGCUUCGCUCGACCCCCCCGAGCAUUUCCCGCUGCGGAAAACAGCGUCCGAGCCCAACCUGAAGGUGCGGUGCAAGCCCAGGAAGUGCCUGGACCGGCGCAAGAACCCCCUGACCCGCAAGGAGAGCGCGCCCCCCUCGCUGAAGAGGCGCCCGCCCGAGGCCAUCGGUGAGGAGGGACCGGGGUCCCUGUGUCACCUCUGUGUGCCCGGGGUCGCUGUGUCACCUCCGUGUGCCCGGGGUCCCUGUGUCACCUCUGUGUGCCCGGGGUCCCUGUGUCACCUCUCUGGGGACGCUGGCCCAGCCCCUGACGCUGUCCUGUGUCCCCAGGCCUUGCUGUGGGACUCGUUCCAGCGGGUGCAGCAGCAGCUCCUCAAGCGCCAGCCCUUGGCCGACCCCCCCGUGGUGCCCCCCGGCCACCGACCCCUGUCCAGGGCCCAAUCGUCCCCGGCCACGGCCAGCGCGUCCCUCCCUGCCCAGGACACCAAGGCUCUGGCCCUGCCCGUGCAGGAGCCCCAGCCACACUUCACCACAGGGCUGGUUUACGACUCGGUGAUGCUGAAGCACCAAUGCUCCUGUGGAGACAACAGCAACCACCCCGAGCACGCCGGGAGGAUCCAGAGCAUCUGGUCCCGGCUGCAGGAGCGGGGCCUGCGCAGCCGCUGCGAGUGCCUGCGGGGCCGCAAGGCCACCCUGGAGGAGCUGCAGUGCGUCCACAGCGAGCGCCACGUCCUCCUCUACGGCACCAACCCCCUCAACCGCCUCAAACUGGACAAUGGGAAGCUGGCAGGGAUCUUGUCCCAGAGGACGUUUGUGAUGCUGCCCUGCGGAGGGGUGGGGGUGGACAGUGACACCAUCUGGAACGAGCUGCACUCGUCCAACGCUGCCCGCUGGGCGGCCGGCAGCGUCACCGAGCUGGCCUUCAAGGUGGCCACCAGGGAGCUGAAGAACGGUUUUGCCGUGGUGCGGCCGCCCGGACACCACGCAGACCCUUCCACGGCCAUGGGAUUCUGCUUCUUUAACUCCGUGGCCAUCGCAGCCCGGCAGCUGCAGCAGAAGGGGAAGCUCAGCAAGAUCCUCAUCGUGGACUGGGACGUUCACCACGGCAACGGGACCCAGCAGAUUUUCUACCGGGACCCCGAGGUUCUCUACAUCUCCCUGCACCGCCACGACGACGGGAAUUUCUUCCCGGGCAGCGGAGCCGCCGACGAGGUGGGCGCUGGCCCCGGCGAGGGCUUCAACGUCAACGUGGCCUGGGCUGGGGGGCUCGACCCCCCCAUGGGGGACCCCGAGUACCUGGCUGCCUUCAGGACCGUGGUGAUGCCGAUUGCCCAGGAGUUCUGCCCCGAUGUGGUGCUGGUCUCAGCCGGCUUCGACGCGGCCGAGGGCCACCCGCCCCCCCUGGGUGGCUACAAAGUCUCUGCCAAGUGUUUUGGCUACAUGACCAAGCAGCUGAUGAGCCUGGCCGGGGGGGCCGUGGUGCUGGCGCUGGAGGGGGGCCACGACCUCACGGCCAUUUGUGACGCAUCCGAGGCCUGCGUGUCCGCCCUGCUGGGCCACGAGGUGAGAGCCAGUGUCCCCCAGUGA